UGAAAAAUGGCAUCCUACACUGCUCAACAAGCCGAGGCACUUCUCAAGCCACAAUUUGAAAAAUACGGAAAACUUGUUGAUGAUGAGGUUUGGGCGGAGGUAGAAGGAUAUUAUCAUCCAAAUGGUGUCCUCGUUCAUAAGGAUAAGGAGGCAGUUUACGGAAGCAAAGCCAUCACCGCCCAUCUUGCCAAGUUCGCCGAAGGAACCGGAAAAUCAGUUGCCACAAUUUUGAACGCCAAGUACGAGGGAGCCGGUGACUACCUCAUCAUCACUGCAGACUUCUCUGCUGAAACCGAAAAAGCUGGAACUGUGAAGGGAAAAUUUUUGCAGAUCUGGAAGAAGGAAGGCGACAGACACCUGGUUUUCCACGAUGAAUUUGAAAUUAAUCCAUAGAAAUUUGGGAACUUUUUUGUCUGAUAACAAUUAUUGUAAUAAAUUUUUUAUUCUGAAUUUUCCUCUC